AUGACUGCCUUCGCAGGCCCAAGACAUCUGGCGACCGGAGUCGAUACCUUGACGGCGGAGGACUUCGAAACUGCAUCUAUCCGCUCCGCAGCGCCGUCGUAUGUCUCUGAAGCUCCCUCCUACCAUUCUACCGUGCCAAUAACCGAGAGCGCCCCUCCAUACUCGGCGGCGGUAGCCGAUUCCUCCCGCAAUCUCACUAGCUCCCACCAUGGAGCCACCUCCAACCACCAACCCCAGCGCCGGGGUCUUCCCCCCGUACCGACGACACCCCUGCCGAUGCCGAGCCUAAACGCCUUCAGCAUCCCGACCUGGUCUACCUUCUCUGCCAACCCCACGACCCGCCACUACCACAGCGUGGCCCAACGCCGCGUCGCCGCCGCCAACUCCCGCGUCGGAUCCUCCAUCAACCGCCAGUUCAUGCUUGACCGCGUCACCGAGGAGCUGCAGCAUGAGUCGCACGCCAGACCCGGCUCCGGCAUGAGCAGGACCAACAGCGGAAGCGGCCUGAGCGGCGUUGAGAGUUUCUUCCGUAGCAGCGACGGCCGGCCGCAUGAGGAUCCGAAUCUAGUAGGCGAGGAGGCUGCGAGGACGGCGAGGGCUGAGAGGCUGGCGAGAGAGAGGGAGGCGGCGCUUAUUGGCGAGAGUCGGCGUUGGGAUUUGUACCUCUCUCAAAUGAAUGAUUGGCAACAACGCGAAAGGUCCUGGUCCCGGUUCCGAAGGCCAAUGGACAGGGACGAGCGCAAGGGCUUCAUGAGGCGCAUCAGUGGUCGUCUUUUCUAA